UUUCAAACACCUAUGUUUUAACUUUUAACUAAUGGUUCUCCAUGUUUUCAACAUCCUAUGGAUUUGAGUCCCUUUUGUCUCACUUUCUUCUGAUGGGGUCACGGGCACCACCAUCCUAUGGGAAUUGCCAAACUCAUUCUGUGUUCUUCAGCAACAGUAUGCUCUCUAUGGUGACACCUGUUCUUCAGAAUUUUCAGGUUGUUUUGAAUUUUCAAUUUUGUUCCUGUUGAUGACAAUUUUCAGGUUGUGAAACUUGUUUUCCUGGAAAGUGGAAGAAAAAGGGGUUGCUUUACAUGUUCUUAGCUUUCACUUAGGAUCAAAAAGGAAGGUGAAUAUUGCAAAGGAAACAAGAGGAGCCUUUUGAGAAUGAGCAUUAAUUGCAAUGGAGUUAAAUUGAUGAGCUCACAAGUUUGGGAGUGAAAAGGCCAAGAAAGAAAAAGGAGAAACAUUCAGGGUAAUAUCAAUGCCAACAGUGUGGUUCAAUCUGAAGAGGUCUUUACAUUGCAAAUCAGAACCCUCUGAAGUUCAUGACCCAAAAUCAAGGAAGCAAUUGAGCACAAUCUUGACCAAAAAACCAGGAAGAUCAGGGUGUUCAAGGUCCAUAGCUAAUCUCAAAGAUGUCAUCCAUGGAAGCAAGAGGCAUCUUGAAGACAAGCCACCAACUUGCAGCCCAAGAUCCAUAGGAAGCAGUGAGUUUCUCAACCCAAUAACUCAUGAAGUGAUUUUGAGUAACUCAAGGUGUGAGCUCAAAAUCACUGGAUAUGGAGGAUUCCAAGAAGGGGUUGUUGGCAAUAACAACAAUGCUGGUGGCGGCGGCGGUGGUGGUGGUUCAACUUUUGUUGGAACUUUGAGGCCUGGGACUCCUGGCCCUGGAGGGAACCCUACAAUGCAUUACUUUAACCCUUCUUUUAGGACUUCAUCCACUCCUCCAAGGAAAUCUCCUUUCAGUUCAUCAGACAAAGAAGGGUCUGGUCUUCAUUCAAGCAAUAGGUUUCACCCUGAGACAACAACAGACUCUAAUGGCUCUUCUUCUGUGACUUGCCACAAAUGUGGAGAGCAAUUUAACAAAUGGGAAGCUGCUGAAGCUCAUCAUCUGUCCAAACAUGCAGUUACUGAGCUUGUGGAAGGAGAUUCAUCAAGGAAAAUAGUGGAGAUCAUAUGCAGGACAAGUUGGUUAAAGUCUGAAAACAACUGCGGUCGAAUCGAGAGAGUUUUGAAAGUCCACAACAUGCAAAGGACUUUGGCUAGAUUUGAAGAGUACAGGGAGAUGGUGAAAACCAAAGCCAGCAAACUCCAGAAGAAGCAUCCUAGGUGUUUGGCUGAUGGAAAUGAGCUUUUGAGGUUCUAUGGAACCACUCUUGCAUGCUCUCUUGGUCUCAAUGGUUGUUCUAGUCUCUGCCUAUCAGAUAAAUGCUGUGUUUGCAGAAUUAUCAGGAAUGGCUUUUCUGCAAAGAAGGAGCUCAAGGGUGGGGUUGGUGUUUUUACAACCUCCACAAGUGGAAGAGCUUUUGAAACCAUUGAGAGUUUUGGUAAUGAACCACCAUCAUUGAGAAAAGCCCUUAUUGUGUGCAGAGUGAUUGCUGGCAGGGUUCAUAGGCCACUUGAGAACAUUCAGGAGAUUGCAUCCCAGACAGGGUUUGACUCAUUGGCUGGGAAAGUGGGCCUUUAUUCAAAUAUUGAGGAGCUUUAUUUGCUCAAUCCUAGAGCUCUUCUUCCUUGCUUUGUGGUGAUUUGUAAACCAUGAACCAAAAGGAUCAAAUUCAAACAAAUGCCUUACAUGUUGUGUGGCUUUUUGGAUUCCUUAUCUUGGUCAUUCUAUGGAGAUUCUUUGCCCUACUACAUCUUUUGAAGAAUUUCCAUUCUUUUUCUGAAGUACCACUUGUGCUUCUUCAUGAUUAUUGUAUGAACCUCUUAUUCAUACAUUUGUAAUUUUAUUUUUUAAUAGGCACUGACAUUUUUACAUCUGCUCAAGGCAAUAUGAAGUGUCACAACCAGAAAUAAAUAAUGAAGACAAUGCAUAUUGUGUGUUA